AUGGGUAUACUGGAGAGAAUUUCAGAUAUUGAGGCUGAAAUGGCCAGAACUCAAAAGAACAAGAAAACAGAGUAUCAUUUAGGACGUUUGAAGGCUCAACUGGCGAAGUUAAAAACGGAAUUAAUAGAGGCAGGAAGUGGUGGUAAAGGCAAAGGAGAGGGGUUUGAUGUUGCUAAGCAAGGCGAUGCUAGAGUAAUAUUAAUAGGGUUUCCAUCUGUAGGUAAAUCUACAUUGAUGCAUGAAUUAACUGGGACGGAAACGGCAGUUGCAGCAUACGAAUUUACAACUUUAACCUGCGUUCCAGGUAUAAUGAAGUACAAUGAAGCUAAGAUUCAACUUUUGGAUUUACCUGGGAUUAUUGAAGGAGCUGCUACUGGAAGAGGUAGGGGACGCCAAGUAAUAGCCGUUGCUCAUUCGGCUGAUUUGGUAUUGAUGGUAAUAGACUCAACAAAGGAUGAUUCUCAAAGAAGAAAGCUAGAGUAUGAGCUGGAGGCCAUUGGAAUUAGGCUAAAUAAGAAACCACCACAAAUUGUUGUUAAACCAAAGAAAAUCGGAGGAGUAACCUUCAACUCAACAGUGCCUUUGACUCACUUAGAUAAUAAAAUGGUAGUUAGCAUAUUGAAUGAGUAUAAAAUCUAUAAUGCAGAUGUCUUAAUAAAAGAAGAUUGUACAGUUGAUGAGUUUAUUGAUUGUAUUGAAGGUAAUCGACGAUAUGUUCCUUGUUUAUAUGUUCAUAACAAAAUUGACAAUUUAAAGUUAAGUGAGAUUGAUGAGUUAGCACGCCAGCCAAAUAGUGUUGUGAUUUCAUCUCAACAAAGAUGGAACCUGGAUACACUGGUAGAGCAAAUUUGGAACAAACUAGGAUUGGUUAGACUAUAUACUAAGAAAAAGGGUGAACUCCCAGAUUUUUCAGACCCACUAAUUCUGACUCCUCAACGAGGUCUAAUAAAUGUAGAAACUGCAGUAAAAUUAAUUCACAAAGACUUAAUUAAUGAAUUCAAACAUGCUUUAGUCUGGGGAACUAGUGUUAAGCACAAUCCACAAUGUGUCGGAUUGUCUCAUAAGCUUCAAGAUGAGGACGUAAUCCAACUAGUAAAAACAAGAUAA